UCCGUCAAGAAGCAGCCGUGUGUGUUUCGAGAGGUCGAGAGAGCUAGAUAGCAGCAUCAUGUUCUCCGAGAAGCAGCUCAACUCCAGCGUACCUCUAGUGGUGGACGUAUCAGGUAGAGGCAUAUCAGACGUGACCCAGAUACCGGGAGGAGGGAGAGAGGUGGCCGCACUCACUGCCGACAACAACAGACUGGUCUCCCUCAGUGGAGUACAAACCUUCGCCUCCCUUGUUCAGCUAUCAGUAUGUUCCAACAAUCUGGUUGACAUCGGCAGAGUGUCCACGCUGACAAGUCUGAUCACGCUCAACCUCCAGAACAACAGUAUCACCGUCAUUGAAGGUCUGGAGUCUCUGAAGCAGUUGGAAUGGCUCGGACUAGCUGGCAACAGCAUCAAGGUUAUGUCAGGAUUAUCUGGGAAUACCAAACUUGCUCAUGUAGACCUUUCUGACAACUGCAUAACUGAACUCGGCAAUAUUUCAAUGCUUCAAAACCUGAAGACACUUCUGCUGCAUGGAAAUGCUGUAAAACUCUUGAAAAGCAUUCCAAAGUGUUUCCCUCCCUCGCUCUCCACUCUUUCUCUGGCAGAGAACCACGUUCAAGACCUCAAUGAGUGUGUCAAAAUUAUUAGCAUGUACUUCCACAGAUAUCAUUUCUUGUCGGCUCUACCUGAGCUCACAGAGGUGUCAGUGAUGGGUAAUCCAUGUGUUUCUCUCACCCAUCAUUCAAUGUUAUUUGAUUAUAGACCGUAUGUGACGUAUUGGUGUCCGGGACUUUCAUCAUUGGAUGGUACUCCCAUCAGGGCCGAAGAGAAGCUCCGUUCAGUGUCCCUGUUCCGUUCCGACCACGCCUACCCAUUCCAGCUGGGUCAGCAUCAGCCUCUGGUGCAGUACCUCACGACUGCCUGUCCCCUUCCCAUUCUCCAGAACCAGUUGAUUUCGGAGUCGUCAGAGAAGUCAUCAUCGUCGCGGUCACUGGACUCCUGUACCCACUCUCUCCUCUCUCAGGCCAUGAGUCUGCAUAACCCUCGGCAGAAAGCCGAGGUCCUCCAGAAACUCAGAGUUUUGCAGGUCAUUGAGCAGAUGAUAUCAGAACAGGAGAGUCUCCUUAACCCACAGCAACCGGAACAACAAAACCAGCCUUUCCACAAACCUCCACCACAACCACCACACACUCAUACUACCAGCCCAAAACCGUUUGGUGAGGAGGUAUCGGAUAAGAUUCUGCCACAGGAGAAGGAGGAAGGGGUGGUGAGAAUGGCAUGGGGAGGUGAGGGAGGAGGGACUGGUGGAAAUCAGAACACAAGUUUAUCAGCUUCUGGUGAAGUCAAUGAGGGGAGGGAAGGAGGGAAAGAGGAAGGGGAGAGAGGGAGAGGGGAAGAGGAGGGAGGGAGAGUGGAGGGGGAGGUGAGAGAAGAAGAGAAAAGGGAGAGUGGAAGGGUAGAGAGAGGCAGGGAGAAGAUGGAGGAGGGGGAGAGAGGAGAAAGAGAAAUAUUGGUAGAGGGAGAUGAGCCAGAUUUCGAUGUUCCCACCUCAUCAUCUUCCAUCCAGAGAUCUAACGCCGAAACUCUCACACCACCACCCUCUUUAGAAACCACCACUACUGUUGACUCUUGUACCGGAUCAUUGGGAAAUGAAGAUCUCGGAAUCGAGACUGAGAAUGUGGCCCUAGAGAGUGCAGCCAUGCAACCUGGAAUGGAGCAUGGCAGUCUUCUUGAGCCUCAACCAAUAACAUCAGGUGGGAGAUAUGACGAGUCAUGCACCAAGUCCUACCCUAAUGGAUCCCUAGACCUGAAUUCUGCAGCAACUAAUGCACUAACUCGACCAACUACCCUCAGCAGUAGUUUUGCCUCCUCAGUCGAUACCACUCCACCCACAGUCCCGGGAGUCACCUCGUGGGAGAGAAUGAGACGAGAGUUUUCAGAUAUCCCUCUGCACACCAGAAGCUCUGCUGAACUCUCUACUCGAAGCUUCACCACUGCUGAGAAUGAUACUGAUGGGUCUCUCACUGCUGCACAAAGUACAGCUGAAAGCAGUUGCGAUGCUACUAUAGCGAGUGCCCUGACCACAGCACAAUAUUCAAAUAGCACUGAUGCUACCUUAGGGACCCUGACUGCUACACAAAGUCUACCGAAGAGCAGUAGUGAUAUGGUGAGUUCUCUGAUUUCUAAACAUCUAGCCGAGAGCAAUAGUGAUGCUAGCGCUGCUCAAGGUCCAGCCCAAUACUUACUGACUGCCACUCAAGUAUCAGCCGAAAGCAGCGGUGAUGCUACUGUAGCGAAUGCUAUGGCUGCUAGUAAAGGUCUAGCGGAGAGCAACAGUGAUGCUGCUCUAGUGGAAAGCAACAGUGGUGUUACUAUAGUGGAUGCUACUCAAGUUUCAGCCAAGAGCAGUAGUGAUGCUACUAUAGUGGAUGCUUCAGCCAAGAGCAGUAGUGAUGCUACUAUAGUGGAUGCUAGCGAUCCGUCACGGGAGAGAACGGCAGAAGGAAGCCUGCUAGAGGUGACGUAUUCGUCUUCAAUUGACCCGCCACCAUGCCACCUCACCAGUGAAAGAUGGGGUCGUCCAGGAUUGACUGGUGCCGGUGGUAGUAGAGACGUGUCAGAGUCCGGUACCAGGUUCCAGGGUGUACUGGGGGAUGGGAAUGAGACCAGACUGGCACAGGAAUGGGACUUCUCAUCCCACGCAUCCUCGCCACUGUCUCAUCAGAACGAAGGUGAUGAGAAGAAGGGAGAUGGGGAAGAGGGAGAUGGUGGUUUCAACGAGGGAGAGAGUGGAGCGAGAUUGUCCUCUGAGGUUAACAGUCAAAGAUACCGGGAAGCAAAAGUUGAACGGAGGAUCCCUCAAAACUCUGGAAAAGCCAGCAGUUCCUCGGCUAGCAUUUAUCAAUACUCAGAGCCACAGACAGUCAGUACUACCUCAACAGGGGCUGGAACUUGUCUAUCGACCAAUGGAAAGGGUGUGACUGACGUUCUAGGUCCGCCAGUGGGCCGUGGAGAAGAUACUAUGGGGAGACGGAAGGCAGCGGUGUCCGUCCAGGCCUGGGUGAGAGGUGUGAUCUGCAGACGACGUGUCAGUGAGUACAGGAUCAGACGACAGGCAGCCAUCACCAUCCAGUCUACCUGGAGAGGGUACCGCCGACGUUGCCGUGACCCGGUUGUAGUGGGUGCAAUGAGGGAACUCUCCCGCAAGAAGAUGGAGGGUUAUGUUGCUGCCAUGUUCCUUCAGUUGAAGGGCUGUCGCGAAGAAAUGGCCCAUCAGGCACAAGUCGUUCAGCUUCAGGAGGAGACCAUAUCUUCUCUCAUACAAGAGGUGGAGAGGUUAAGUUCAUGGAAGAGACAAGUGGAUGGAGACACGCUGAAUAGGGCAGCCAGUACUAUACAAAGACACUGGCGGCAGCACGAGACGACAAAGCAGGACAAUCAAAGGGACGUGAAGAGUCUGCAGGCAGCGUGCAGUGAGCUGAGGAGGCAGGUUAGGGAGUUGGAACAAAAGGUGGAUUUAUUGCAAGAGGAUUCCAACAAGAUUUCCGUGAACAAUGAUUCAGUGAUAUCAUUGCCAGCUCCAGUGGCGCUAAGAAUGAGCAAGCAUUCUUCAGACACCAUUCUACUAGAGUGGAAGGCCGGAGACAGUGGAUCCUCAACCCUGCUUGGCUACAGAGUGUACGUCAAUGGCAUGGAGGAAGGGAUGGUUGGACCAACAAAACAUAAAGCUUACAUUGAGGGUCUCGACACAUCUUCAACAUACAGGGUUUCUGUGAGAGCGGUGUAUGAGUGUGGAGAGUCUGAAGAUUCAAACACACUGCUAGUUGCAGCACUGUCCCCAAAACCAGGGGACCCUGCAACGGAUGAGUUAACUCUCGAAGGCUCCCGGAAAGAAAUCCUCUCGCUCCCUCGGUCCUCUGAGCCACCAGAGCCCACGGAAUUACCAGUGCUAGUUGAAAAGACGUCCGCUCUGUCCAAAUCUGAGUCUUGUUCGACACUGGAAGCAGUUUCUUCGGAAGUCUCAGCCGUAUAUGAGGCACACUCAGUGUCACUGAACCUGACCAGUUCCAGUAGUCUAACCGGCAGGGACCAAAUGUCAACUGAUGAAAUGGGCACCAGUGUUGACCAGCCUGAUCAAACCAGUAUCCACCAUCAAACCAGCACUAAUGUUGGCGUAAGUUCUUACCUGGUGGACAGUACUGAUAGAAACCCUCAUCAUACUGACACUGUGUAUAAAGAAACAAGCGCUGAUGUCAAUAGCAGAACUCUACCACUUGUCGCAGAAGACCCUAGUGUCCAUGAUCACCCCCUUACUAGCAGGCUCCCAUCCAGGCAGGAAGUGGUGCAUGAGCUGUCUGUGAGGUAUCCCCCCACCGGGCCAACCACCCACACAGAGCAUGACAGAAAUUAUGUGUCCGCACCAUCUGCUCUCCACCAGCAGCCCACAACAAAGACCGGACAGAACAGGCCGGAGCACUCAAAACAUCAACAAAGGCAGGAUCCGGGAAAUGCUAAUGACGGAUCGAGUGUCUGUGGAAAGGAAUUAGCAUCACCAGUUGGUGUUGAAGCAAAAGAAGUUCUCACGGGUGACCGGCUCUGUGGGCAAACACAGGCAGUAGCAACGUCAUUGAAUGAUGAAGGAGACCUCCAAACAGAUACCCCACCUUUAGCCAUAGAUAAACCCUCCCCCUCAUUGGACACUAUUGGUGGCAGAAAAGUCACGCACAGUGACCAAUUAACGUCUGUGAUCACGUCUCCUGAGAAUAAGCGUAAGAGGAUGCCGUGCCCUGUUAACCCUAGGAGCCACAGAUUAGCUGCAAAUUUCGAUGCCAAUUUGUCUGGCGGUCAUCCUAGAAAUACCACGGGUGAGAUAUCGAGCGCACCUCAGCCACCCAAACCACUGCAUCAAUCACAUGCCACCAAAUUACCUGCCUGUCACCCGACAACACUCCAAAGCAACCCAUCCCCAACUGUUUCCCCAACUCGACGCCCGCAACCCGACAAAUGCGGACACUCUGUUGGGCAAACACCGAUACCAGCCUCGAGUGAGCGGCAUUCAGAGAAAAUUAUCUUCUCAGGGGAAGAACAGCCGAUUACAAACUGCCAGAAAGAGGGCUGGGGGACAAGCUGGCAAAAGGAGGACAGCGGAAUGACGCACGUUGGCGAAGGCUCGCAACAGCCUCUGCGUAAAAGUGGCAACGUGGGUCAUUUGUCAUGGCGCCAGCCAAUAACUCGACAAGGCCUUGACAAACACUCAACAUCUUCUGAGUUGGAGUCGCACAAGGCAGACACUGGGUGUCUUGUUGGCCCACCACCAGCAAAUUCCGACCUCGUUGCACCCACACCUUAGGUGCACCCCAGGCCAACACCAGGGAACUUGUAUAUAACAUACUGUAUAUCACUUUCUGAACUACCGAUUGUGACAACAUAAUUAUUAUACGAAAGGGUUUGUGAGAACACACAUGAAAAUAAACUUCCUUCUUUGUGCAUUAUUAUGAGUUCCUCUUGUACAUAUUAUUAUCAUGGUAUUUUGAUUGUGUUAGUUUUAAAUGGCUGCGUGUCACAUGCCAUACAAGUUGAUGACCUGGAGACAGGGAAUUCUCAAAUCAGUCACAGCGAAGACACAACGUGGACGCCGUAGACAGACUGCCAGGCUGCAUGCGCUGCCAUACACUAUAUAUAAAUACCUCACACUGGUCUGAUAAACGCAAUGUUGGCCAAGCAUUGUUGGCAAAACUGCUCAUGCAAAUUACAGAUAAAUGUCUGCUGGGGG